AUGAUGAGAUAUGUGAGGAAAAUUCAAAAAGAGCUUGAUGAUGAGGAAGACGAAAAAAUUGAAUCUCUUAUAAAAGAUGGUUUUCUUGAUGAUGCAUGCAAAAUAGCUAAUCAUAUCAAUGAUGUAGAGUGGAAGACAUACAUUACAGAAGCUAAUAUCUUAGGAGAAAAUGGCUUAUAUAUUCCAAAAGAUGUAUCAAGGAAAUGUUUUGGUAAUAAGCAUGAUUCAGUAAAGAUGGUAGAUCUGGAAGCUGGCAAAGGUUAUAAAUGUGUCAUCCAUAGGGAUGGAAGGGAUGAGUAUGAAAAAAAGAUUGGUCGCGGAUGGUACAAAUACGCAAGAGAAAACAGAAUUCAUACAGGAGAUUUAUUGUUUUUUACAAUGACUCCUAUGUCGGAUGUAAUGCAUGUUCAAUUGGUGAAAGGUUGA